AUGUUCGCCGAAACGGUCCUCAUCGUAUUCAAUGCCUCGGUCUGCACGGCGGUGUUAGCCGAGGGUAUAACAUGGGUGUUGGUCUAUAGAACAGACAAAUACAAGAGGCUGAAAGCAGAAGUGGAAAAGCAGAGUAAAAAAUGUAAAAAAAAGAAGGAAACAAUAACAGAAUCAGCUGGCCGGCAGCAGAAAAAGAAAAUAGAGAGGCAAGAGGAAAAACUGAAGAACAACAACCGGGAUCUUUCGAUGGUUCGCAUGAAGUCUAUGUUCGCAAUUGGUUUUUGUUUCACCGCUCUGAUGGGAAUGUUCAAUUCUAUAUUUGAUGGUCGAGUGGUUGCCAAACUUCCCUUUGUACCACUUUCCUAUAUCCAGGGCUUGUCUCAUCGUAAUCUUCUUGGUGAAGAUUAUACAGACUGUUCCUUCAUCUUCCUCUACAUUCUCUGUACCAUGUCUAUUCGACAGAAUAUUCAGAAGCUGUUGGGCCUGGCUCCUUCACGAGCUGCCACCAAACAGGCUGGAGGAUUUCUUGGGCCACCACCCCAACCAGGGAAAUUCUCCUGAAAGAAGAGAAAUUAUGUAUUGUAUCCCACCGAUGGAAAGAUGAAAAAUAACUUGACCCUGAAAGAAGCUCUGAUUCUACAGGAGGUUUUCUAAACAUACCUGGAUGACUAAGGUUAACUGUGACAUUUAUGUUUUAUAAAAACAUCAGCAUUGAAGCACAUCUUUGAUCAGAUCUCUCAUUUCGUUUUGGGGUACUGGAGAAAUAUAACAGUCCUUAAAGAGGAUGCUGCCUUGGCUCGCUGAAAGCUAUACAGUUUGAUGAGAAAAUGGCUACGUGAGAAAUGACUGAGCCCCUUUCAAGCAACAUUCUGUUAGAAGAAUAACUGUUUACUGAAGUGAAAAUAAAAGUAAUUGUGCUUUGACCCUC